CUGUUCUCCAGUGCAAGUCUCCAGCUCCUGCUUUGCACACACACACACACACACACACACACACAGAGCCUGGCUGCCUGCGGAGAACAGACUUCCGCAAGGCAGCCUUCCAGAGACAGCCAGAGUGCUCAGAGAGACGGAGCUGCUGGAGAGCGCCUGGGAAUGGCUGACAGCUACAUUGAGGAAUCGGAUCUCUUUCCUGAGAAAGAGGAGACUUUGGAGUGGGGUUAUGAAGAAGGAGUUGAGUGGGGAUUAGUCUUUCCUGAUGCUAAUGGAGAAUACCAGUCUCCUAUUAACCUGAAUUCAAGAGAAGCAAAAUUUGACCCCUUGCUGUUGGAAGUAUGUUUAUCACCAAACUAUGUUGUGUGCCGUGACUGUGAGGUCAUCAAUGAUGGACACUCGGUUCAGAUCCUCUUAAAGUCCAAAUCAGCGUUAGCAGGAGGACCCUUGCCUCGAGGGCAUGAAUUUGAACUGCACGAUGUCCGGUUUCAUUGGGGGAGAGAAAAUCAGCGUGGCUCUGAACACACCGUUAAUUUCAAAGCUUUCCCCAUGGAGCUCCAUCUAGUUCACUGGAACUCCACAAUGUACCACAACAUUGAUGAAGCACUGGGGAAGAAGAACGGCAUAGCCAUUAUUGCUUUAUUUGUGCAGAUAGGAAAAGAGCAUUCAGGUCUGAAGGCUGUUACUGAAAUUCUGCAAGACAUCCAAUAUAAGGGAAAGUCCAAGACAAUACCGUGUUUUAAUCCCAACACAUUAUUACCAGACCCCCUGCUACGAGAUUACUGGGUGUACGAAGGCUCUCUCACGGUUCCCCCCUGCAGCGAAGGUGUUACAUGGAUCUUAUUUAGAUAUCCUUUAACUGUAUCCCAACUUCAGAUAGAAGAGUUUCGACGACUGAGGACACAUGUUAAAGGGGCAGAACUGCUAGAAGGCAGCGAUGGAACACUAGGAGAUAACUUUAGACCCACACAGCCACUAAGUGACAGAGUCAUAAGGGCUGCCUUCCAGUAGCAAAGACAAAUAAUGAAAAUAAUCAUAAUGUAGAGAUCAGACAGUCUCUACCAAAGGGAUCAGAUGUGCUCCUGCCAAUAUGAAGAGGUCUGACGGGAAAGAUAAGAGACAGAGAAUAAAGGAUUCUCUAACACGAAGAAGAGAAAAAUGGGACUUAGGAAGUAACAAAUCUCACUCUCAGAAUAUUGAAAAAACAUGAGCCCCUUUGAACUUGCUUCAGUGUAAUCUGUCCACAAUAUGUAUUAGUACUAAUUAUUUGAAAUAUUGUUUACUGAUCAGCAUGCACUAUAGCAAGAAGAGUAUGCAUCUCUAUGUCAACCAAAUCAUAAUUACAUUUAAACAGCAUUGCAAAUGAUGAGGACUGUCUUUCCCUCGAUUAAACUUAUUAAUAACAAAUGAUACAUUUCAUUGGUUUUCCAGAAAAUUCCUGGGUUUUCAGCCAAUAGUUUCACAAUUACAUUUUUGGAAGCUGUAGAAUAAUCUCCAGUUAAAAGUAAAACAGACAAUAUAUGUAAUGUAUUGAUGGAAACCUGAGCUUCCAAUAUUCUGUAAGCUUUUUCUGAUAGGGUUAUGCUAAUGUCUAAUUCAAUGAAUGUCAUUCAAGUCAGGACAUCACACAGGCCUUUAAUAUUUAUUUAUUGUAUGUAUAUGUUACCUUUUCUCUAAAGGUGCAUACAUACACAGUUUUCUUCCCCUUCUGUUAUAUUCUCACAACAACCUUUUGAGGUAUUUACAAAGAAAGAACAGAGCAGGCCUAAUAUCACCCAGGAGUGGGAAUUUGAACCCGGGUCUUCUCUGUCCUAGUCCAACACUCUAAUCAUUGCACCACACUGGUUCUCAUCAAAUAUAACAUGUGCUAUAAUAUAGGUGGAACAUAAAUAAACAAACCAACAAAAAUAAAUAACAUGAAUAUAUGAAAAAGGGAUAUAAAUCCAUAUCCAAAAUCAACACCUAUUGUCGGGAUGUGUUCAUUUGAUAAUUUCCAAUAAAACUUUUUCCUAAAGCAUUUCUAAUUUUCAUAUUAAGAUUUGUUUUUAUAUCGAGACUUUUACCUUUAAGGAAAACUAUAGGUCACACAUUUCUUUUCAAUUAACCUAAUUUAUAAUUAACACGAAAAGCUGUUGGUGUCGCCUCCUGUUCAACACAGCUAUAAUAAAUGCAAUAAAACACGCUUUCACGUGGUU